CAAGUGUGAGGGGUGAAGCCGGUUCACUGCCUAUUCGAGUUUACAUCUCUCCUUUUCUCUAAUGUGAUUAGACAAUGAUUAGCUAGAGCUAUGCUUUUUAUCACUGUUGUUCUUUCCCGAGUACUGUCUACUUGAUCAAAAAAAGCUUCCAUUUUCUUGGGUUAGGCUACAGUGUUCUCCUUUCCGUCUUCAUCCUUUUGAAAAAACUUGGAGAUUUGGCAAACCCAGUGAAACUGGAGGAGGGGCACCCCUUCUCCUUAAGCUAAUCAUCCGCUCUGUCUCUUUCUCGCUCUCAGCUAUGAAGCGCUUCAAUUCCUCAGAUUCCUUGGCUGCUUUCAUCUCUAUUACUUCUUCAAAAGAAGAUAGGACUCAAAACACCAACCAAGGUUACAGUAGAGAUUUUCAGGCAAUGCUGGACAGUCUUGAAGAAGAAGACUACAUUGAGGAAGCUAACCUUGGAAGUGAGAAGAAACGAAGGUUAACCUUGCAUCAAGUUAAGGCCUUGGAGAAGAAUUUUGAGGUCGAUAACAAGCUUGUGCCAGAGAGAAAGCUGAAAUUAGCUGAAGAAUUAUGCCUGCAACCACGACAAGUGGCUAUUUGGUUCCAAAACCGUCGAGCCCGUUGGAAGACUAAGCAAUUGGAAAGAGAUUAUGGCACCCUUAAGGCAAACUAUGAAGCUCUAAAUCUUGAUUACAGUAAUCUUGAACAGAAGAAUGAAGCCUUAGCACAAAAGGUAAAAGAACUGAAAGCAAAGUUGAGAGAAGAAAUAGUUGAUAGCAGUCACUCUGUAAAAGAAGAGUACCAUGUUUCAGAGUCAGACAACAAUGCCUCAGUGCACAGUCAGAACCAUGAUUUCAGUGAAAACAAGAAUUCGAGUGCAGUCACCAAAGACCACAGCAAUGUUUCCUCUUCAAAUGAAUUGAUGAAUUGCUUUAAUUUAACUGAUUCGAGAGCUAUUUUGGGGAAUAGGUAUCAAGUAUAUCAACCCCAUCUUAUGAAACUAGAAGAACAGAGUUUGUUUAGCGCUGAGGAAUCAUGCAAUUUCUUUUCAGUUGAUCAAGCUCCCACACUUCAUUGCUAUUUUCCUGAACAAUAAAGCUGGUGUAAUUCUAAAAAGUUCCAGCCUUGGAAAGAAAUAAGUUGCUUUUGGAGACUAUUGUUUUUUAGGACUUCAUAUUUAUGCUGUUCCAUUGCAACAAAACAUCUUCAACCAGGGCGGGAACAGUGGUUUUACCAUUUACUUCAGUGUAAGAAAUCAUACUACCUGUAUAUGGUACUAUCCAGCAACCAAUGAUAUUUAAGUUGCCAGGUCUA